AUGCCAUCCUCCCUACGAACCCUUCUCGAAGAGAGGCGAGGUUACUUCUCGAACGGUAUCAUUUCCGUGCUGCAGAAGCUCCUGCAAGCAUCAAACACGACGAGCGCAGCAUGGCUUUGCAGCCCUCAUGUGACGCACGUAUCGAAACUCUCGCAGGAAGGCUCGUUCUGCGGCUACAGGAAUAUUCAGAUGCUUUGCUCGCAUAUCAUCAACUCGGGCAGUUUUGGCGCGGUCAAAUUUGGAGACCAGGUACCGAGUAUCUUCGACAUCCAGGAACUCAUUGAGAACGCAUGGGAUGAAGGCAUUAAUGCACGAGGGAGGGACGAGACGGGUGGGAUCCGCGGGACAAGGAAAUACAUUGGAACUCCAGAGGCACAAGCCAUGUUCACAAGCUUGCAAAUACCGUUUGUUCUUGCCCCAAAGAAGUUCCUCUCUCGUUACUAA